AUGUCAGGUGACCUGUCCCCUGUGCAGAUGUCACCAAUUUCCCAGUCACAGUUCAUUCCACUGUCUGAAAUACUGUGCUCUGUCAUAUCAGACAUGAAUGCUGCCCAUGUGGUUGUAAAUCAGGAAGCAUUGAUCUAUCACAUGAUGAAAGCACACCCAGGAAUGACUAUUCCCACUCAAGACGUCCUGUACAGUGCUCUGGGAGCUCUUAUUAAGGAGAGGAAGAUCUAUCACACUGGCGAGGGCUACUUUGUAGUCACCCCUCAAACAUACUUCAUCACCAACAACAUGGUGAAAGAGAGGAAUUGGUGGAGUGCUGGCGACAAUGACCUGCCAUCACCUCCUCCCAUCACUUACCUGGUGAGCAACGAGAGCUGCAUGGACACCUCUACUGAGGUUACUGUCAUGGCCCACUGUAAGUCCUGCAGCUGCUUCACCACUCCGUCCAUUGUACCGCCAUCUGCCCAAGACCAUCAAUCCAUCAGCAUCAGUGAGUGCACUGGAAAAAGCCUCAAGUGGCCCAAAGAACACAAACCUUCCAUUCAGCACCAGUCCACAUCUACCGCAGCAGACUACCAAGUCAGUGAGAUAAGCAAAUCCACCAACACAAGCCGCAAGGACAAAGAGAAAGCUGGCCGCAAAUUUGGGCUUAACCUCUUCCGACGAAACACAGGGAAGAAGGAGAACAAGCUGAAGAAAGAAUAUGCCACAUUCUCUGGACAAUUCCCACCGGAGGAAUGGCCUGUCAGGGAUGAGGAUGACUUGAACAACCUCCCCAGGGAUCUAGAACAUGCCAUCAUCAAACGGAUCAACCCAGAUCUGACUGUGGACAAUCUAGUAAAACACAUGGUUCUUAUGAAGAAGCUUGAGGAGAAAGCUGAGAGAACAAUGGAGAAAGCUGUGGACAAGGGCAUUUCCACUGAAACUCUUCUAUCUAAGCAAAGGCUUCAUACCUCCAAGUCCGUGGGGAAGAAAUCAGCUCCUAGAGCUACUUGCAGCAGGAGAAGAGGACCUUCAUCCAAAGAGAAACAAAGGGUAAAGAGUAAAACCUUGCAAUGUGCUGAAGAUUUAGAGGCAGAUGAUAAAAUUCUUCCACACCUCAGAGCAGAGUUUGCUUUGGAUGAACCUGACAAUCAGGAAGAAAGUACCAUUCUGAAUCCGAAAUGUGUCUACAAGAAACAGAUAGACAACCCAUUUCUGGGAAUGCCAGGAAGAGACGUGGAAACAAACAUCAACCAUAAAGAACAAAGGAGAGAAGCCAAGAUUCCAACUUCCGGACGCCGGGAAAGACCAGGUCACAGGUCAAAGUCCUGGGAUCCUCACCGGGCUAAAGCAAUUGCUGACAGUGUGGAGAAAUCUCACACACUGAAGGAUGCACCCUGCGAACAGCUCCAUGAAAGUGCACCGACUGUAGACUCCACCUUGGAUGUUCAACCGAUUCAAGAGCUUUGUGGAGUUUAUAGCUCUGCGUACCCUGAGAGCAGCACAUUAAGGAUAGAGGACAAAAUCAGGCUGAGAGAGAAUAAAGUCCGAAGUAGGGAGUUCAGGAAUGGCAGAGUAAGAGAAAUUAAACGUCAGGAUGGAGACUUAAGACAUGUUCAUGACCAAAAGAACAUUGUAGAUCAUGCUACACAUUGUGAUACAAUAGAAGUACCCCUCUCGUGGCCUAAACCUACAAUUCAACAUAGACUUUCCCUACAUCUACUGAACAGUAAAGAAGAGUCUCAUCACCGUCCUGAUCUGUUGUGCUCACACCAGCAAGUUAGCAAUAGUACUAGCCAUCAGCUCUCAGAUGGUCAAACAUUGGACAGAAACACAAGCCAGACUGAGAGUGAAGUGUAUACAGAUGAUGAAUAUCGCAUCUAUCAAAAGGCAGUGGAGGAUGAGGAUGGUUGUAGCUCUGUCUGCCUGAAUGAGGAAUGCGCUCUUGACUGUGAGAUAUCACAGACCGUUACAGCUCAUUGCAGUGAGCCUGUUUGUGCAGAUGGUGGCAGGGAUGGACAUUUCGUUGAGGAACAUACUCAUCACAAACCCACCAGAACCACAUACAGGUCGCAUGAAUACAGAUGGCAGCCUUCUGAUCACCAGAUCCUUCAGAAAGGUGCAAGCCCCAGACAAGAAGUGCAGGGUCUGAGGAAAAGACUACAAGAAUCCAGUUUGGGAGAUGAUGAACAAACCGAAGCCCUGGAAAGCAGUAUUUUUGAUUACUGUCAGGCAAGCGAAGUGGAGUCCGAUUCUGAUACCAUACAUAAAUCUACAGAUGAAGCAGAAGCUGGCAAAUCUAACCACUGGAUCUGUCACCCAGAAUUAAAAGACUGCCAUCAGAGAACAAAUGAGGAUACUGGUAACGUCAGUGCAUGCCUAAAUGACCCUAGAGGAGCCUGUGCAGGAGAAAACACAGAGAGUCAGAGUUACACAGCUGAUAGCGGGAUUGACUCUCCAAG